AUGUCAUUUUUUAAAAAGGUGAAAGCUGUCUUUCGGCAGGAAGAUAGUUUGCCUACACUGCAGCACGUGUGGACGGGCGGCAGUAGUUGUGGCAGCAGAGGUAAUGACACCCAUAGCGUAAAGCAACACAGAUCUGUUAACGGUGGACCGAGUAUCUGGCCUGUACAUCCUGAUGUUCAGAGAAAGAUACAAGAAUGCACAGACAUGAACAUGAAAGCUGUUGUACGUGGGAUGCGACGAACAGGGAAGUCAACAAUUGUGACUCGGCUUUGCGGAUAUACACCACCAAACGCCUACAUACCAUCUGCUGAGAUCAGUGCAGGUACUAUUUAUUACCAUAGCCGUAUGGGAAAGACGGACCGUGGUGGUGCUAAAGUGGAGCUCUGGGACGUGGUGGACGAGGGAUUCAAAACGGGAGGAAAUAGUGGAAUGUCAAUGACUUCUCCUUUAGCUGACGCACGUUCUAUUGAUGUUUACAGGGGCUGCCAUCUUGCAAUCUUUGUGAUUGAUCGAACCCGAAAGGAAACUUUGGAGUAUGCUGUACGUGAAGCACAUCAUGUGCCACCUACAACGUGUAUACUGUUUGUACUUAAUUUUCAUGAUACUCCCAAGAAUACUCAUGUUGUUUUCGAGAGAGAUAUUGAUAACGCUUGCAGGUCUCUUAGACGAGCAACAACACCGAUGAUUUUAGCCGCAUGUGCUGGAUGUGCGCCACCAGAGGAUUGUUCUGCAUCUGUAACAUGGGUAGACAUUAGCGCUGUUACUGGUUAUGGUAUGGAAUUGCUCCAUACUGCUUUUGAGAUUCCUUAUUUGCUUCUUCGUGUGCUGGAUCUGGAGACUCAAAUUAACUCUCAUUUUCGAUGCAUUGAACAGUAUCAAGCAUGGGUAUUCACUGAGAGGGCAAACCUUCACUUAUUGGAAAAGAGUGAAAAAACUGAGACACAUGAAGAAAAUGAUGAAGUAUUAGAUGGUGCCGUUAAAAAAAACCCAGAAAAGAUUAAUGGACAAGGCAGUAUAAAAACAUUAGGAACCGAGUUAAUUUAUUCUUCUUUGAAUGUGGUUGAUGAUCACUAUGUUAAACGUCCUCUGAAAGAUGGGGAGGAAGAUGAAAAUGGCAUUACAAAAGGUUUUUUUGAUGGAUUUGAUGAUGAUGAGACAGGUAACGAUACGAGAAUAGAAGAAUCUAUUUCUAAAAGUAAUAGUAUCAGUGUUAAUGAGAGUAGAAGAACAUCCAAGACUCAAACCGUGUCAUCAGUAGCACCAUCAUUGUCGUUAGGAAAGGUAACUUUGGGUAACCCCACGUUAGGAACGAAUGCUAUUUUAGAUGCUGGAAUAGAAAAUCAGCGAGAAGACAAGAAGUUUGGAAAUAUGCUAUACAGUUGUCAAGAGAAAAUGUUUGAUGUUGGUGAAGAUUUAAAUUUAGACGAUGCUUUUUUUGAAGCAUCUACACAUAAUGAAGCAUUCUCUAUGGGUACAUCAUUGCCUGUCGAGAACGGCGAUAAUACUAAUAAUACUAAUAAUACUAAUAAUAAUAAUAAUAAUAAUAAUAAUAAUAAUAAUAAUAAUAAAGAAGAAUCUGUUGAAGUCGUUACGAAAUUAAGUAUAGUAGAUGAUACAGAAACAGCGUUGACCACCAGUUCAAUUGUCCAAGAAGUCUCUAACAUGUCCACCAUUCAGGUUGAUGUUGAUAUUCUCGUGCGACAGAUGCAGAGUGCACUUGCUGUGGCUUCUGAUGAAGGAGAAGGAAAAGGAACUGAAGAAAAUGCUCCGCAAAUUCGCCAAGGUAAGCAAAAAAGUCAUAGUCGACAGAAAGAGAGAAGGAGUGGUAAGCGAAACAAGAUUCACAACGAUGAAAAACAGAAAGAAAAAGAUGUAGAGUUAUUUAACACAGCAGAUGAUGGGACAUUUGAGUUAAUCAAAGAAUGA